AUGGUGUUUCCUUUAACAUUAUUAAAAUGUUCUCAGAAUCAACCAGUGAUGGUUGAAUUAAAAAAUGGUGAAACUUAUAGUGGAUUUUUGGUAUUUUGCGAUCGUUUUAUGAAUUUACAUAUGAAAAAUAUAAUAUGCACAUCAAAAGAUGGAGAUAAAUUUUGGAAAAUUUCAGAAUGCUAUGUGAGAGGAAAUAGUAUAAAAUAUAUUCGAGUUCAAGAUGAAGCAAUAGAUCAAGCCAUUGAAGAGACAACUGAGCAAAAAGUAAGAAAUAUAGGAAGGGGUAGAGGUAGAGGCAGAGGUACGGAUAAUAGAGGUGGAAGAGGAAGAGCAAUAAGAAGAGGGAGAGGUUUCUAA